AUGAUUUGUGUCUUGCAAGUUGGAGGCUCUGAGGUGCCUACUUCAUCUGUUAGUGUAGAAGCAGACAAGGGGCAGCAUCAACAUAAGCAGAAACUGAUAGGUAAUCGAGUCCUACAGUUAAUACAGAUAGAUGGGUUGGUAAAACCAAUGAAGGAAUGGAGGUUAUGGAGGGAGUUGCUUAAGGAAUCUCCAGGUAUUGGAUGGUGUCCAUCUAAAAAGACGAUCGAUGCUACCGAAGAAUGGUGGGCUGAAAAAAUACAGGAAAAUCCUGAUUUUAAAGGAUUUAAGAAGAAAGGAAUUGAACCACGAUUGAAUGAUUUAAUGUGGCAAAUGUUUGGUGGCAUUGUAGCUACUGGAGAGAAUGCAUGGGCACCUUCGUCUGGCGUUCUUCCAAAUGAAAAUAGUAAUGAGAAUGAAGGUAUCCCUCCUAAUGAGGUACCAUCAAACCCUUCUCAUGAAACUCCUAAUCGAAGAAAGGAAACACUUGGGGUUGUACACGGUAAAGGAAAAAAAUCAAGUUCAAGUAGAAAAUCAUCAAGAAAUUCAUUAGCUACUCAUAUUGAGAAAUUGUGUGAGAGUAUGUCUAGUCCAAGGAAGUCAGUGAAUGAAAUUAUUUUUCCUCACUCUCAAUAUACUAUUUCAAAUGCAAUGGAUGCUUUGCGUGAUUUGGGAGAUGAAAUUCCAAAAAAAGAUGAACUGUACUAUUUUGCCAUCAAAAUGUUCCAAAUAUCGGUGAAACGAGAAGUGUUUUUGAACUUAGAUCCAGAUGUUAGGGUUUGGUGGCUUCGACGUGAGUAUGCUGAACAAAAUCCAAUUGCAUCAUUUUCAUCCUUGUUAGCAACAUCCUCAUUUCCCUUCCAACUAUACCAUCCACCACCUCCACCAUAA